AUGGAGAAUCACCGGCCCCUCACAUCACUGGUUGGGCCCAGUAACAGAGAUACCCCAGAGAGAUGUCCCCGUCCUCUGUAUUCCCAGGAUUGUACAGAGGAGAAUCACAGAAUCCCACAGGAGGAUCAGUAUAUUGAUGUGAUUCAAAAUAAGAUAGAUGACAGAAAGAAAGAAGAAGAGACAUAUGUGACUGAUUUAAAGGCAGAAGAUAUAGAGGGAGAAGAAGAGACGUAUGUGACUGAUAUGAAGGCAGAAGAUAUAGAGGGAGAAGAAGAGACGUAUGUGACUGAUAUGAAGGCAGAAGAUAUAGAGGGAGAAGAAGAGACGUAUGUGACUGAUAUAAAGGUAGAAGCUAUAGAGGGAGAAGAAGAGACGUAUGUGACUGACAUGAAGGUAGAAGAUACAGAAGGAGAAGAAGAGAUGUAUGUGACUGAUAUGAAGGUAGAAGAUACAGAAGGAGAAGAAGAGACGUAUGUGACUGAUAUGAAGGCAGAAGAUAUAGAGGGAGAAGAAGAGACGUAUGUGACUGAUAUAAAGGUAGAAGCUAUAGAGGGAAAAGAAGAGACGUAUGUGACUGACAUGAAGGUAGAAGAUACAGAAGGAGAAGAAGAGAUGUAUGUGACUGAUAAUAAGACUGAAGAUAUAGAGGGAGAAGAACAGAGAUAUGUGACUGAUACGAAGGUAGAAGAUAUAGAGGAAGAAGAAGAGAUUUAUGUGACUGAUAUGAAGGCAGAAGAUAUAAAGGGAGCAGGAGAGACGUAUGUGACUGAUGUGAAGGUAGAAGAUACAGAGGGAGCAGGAGAGACGUAUGUGACUGAUAUGAAGGCAGAAGAUACAGAGGGAGAAGAAGAGACAUAUGUGACUGAUAUGAAGGCAGAAGAUAUAGAGGGAGAAGAAGAGACGUAUGUGACUGAUAUGAAGGCAGAAGAUACAGAGGGAGAAGAAGAGACGUAUGUGACUGAUAUGAAGGCAGAAGAUACAGAGGGAGAAGAAGAGAUGUAUGUGAGGGGUGAUCAGCAGUGUAAGGAGGAGGAAAUCCCUACAGAUGUCAGCAUAGAUGGAUAUAUCGGGAAUCUCUCAAAGGAAAAUGUAAUUUUAUCUCCUGACUGUGAAAUAGAAGAUAAUGAUAUCAAACAUUCUCCGGAAGAAACCUCCAUUAUCCCAAUUAUACAUCCAGUAUUUCACAGUUCAGAUGUAUCACCUGAUCCUGCUUAUGAUGAGGAACGUUCUCCUGGUGCUUCUAUUACAGCUCUUAGGGUAGAUAAAUUAUUUCCCUCUUCUAUAGAUGCCAAAUGUUUUGCACAGAGCACAAAGCGUAUUACCCAUCAGGCAGCUAAGGCAGGUGAGAGGCCAUUUGCAUGUUCUGAGUGUGGGAAAUGUUUUACACGGAAAUCAUAUAUUGUUACACAUAAAAGAUGUCACACUGGUGAGAGGCCAUUUCCAUGUCCUGAGUGUGGGAAAUGUUUUACACGGAAAUCAUAUCUUGUUAUACAUAAGAGAUGUCACACAGGUGAGAGGCCAUUCCCAUGUUCUGAGUGUGGGAAAUGUUUUACACGGAAAUCACACUUUGUUACACAUCAGAGAAGUCACACUGGUGAAAAACCAUUUCCAUGUUCUGAGUGUGAGAAAUGUUUUAUAGAGAAAUCAGAUCUUGUUAGACAUCAGAGAUGUCACACAGGUGAGAAGUUGUUUUCUUGCCCUACGUGUGAAAAAUGUUUUACACAGAAGUCAUAUCUUGUUACACAUCAGAGAAGUCACACAGGAGAGAAGCCAUUUGCAUGCUCUGAGUGUGGGAAAUGUUUUACCCAUAAAUCAUAUCUGGUUAUACAUCAGAGAUGUCACACAGGUGAGAAGCCAUUUGCAUGCUCUGAAUGUGGGAAAUGUUUUAUACACAAAUCAACACUUAUUACACAUCAGAGACAUCACACAAAUGUAAAGCUAAUUUCAUGUUCUGAAUGUGGGAAAUGUUUUACAAAUAACUCAGAACUUGUUAUACAUGAGAGAGUACACACAGGUGAGAAACCAUUUCCCUGUUCUGAGUGUGGGAAAUGUUUUACACAGAAAUCAGCUCUUGUUAUACAUCACAGAAGUCACACAGGUGAGAGGCCAUUUCCAUGUUCCGAGUGUGGAAAAUGUUUCACACAGAAAUCAACUCUUGUCACACAUCAGAGAAGUCACACAGGUGUAAUGGCAAUUUCAUGUUCUGUGUGUGGGAAAUGUUUUACACAGAAAUCACAUCUUGUUAGACAUCAGAUAAUACACACAGCUGAGAAACCAUUUCCAUGCUCCAAGUGCAGAAAAUGUUUUCAACAGAAAUCAAAUCUUGUUAGACAUCAGAGAAGUCACACGGGUGAGAGGCCAUUUCCAUGCUCUGAGUGUGGGAAAUGUUUUACAGCUAAAUCAACUCUUGUUAGACAUCAGAGAAGUCACAUAGAUUAGCUUUUUUCAUGUUGUGAUUGUCAAAAAUGACAAAUCAGAUCUCAUUACACCAUUCUUCAGUUACACUGGAGAAACUUUGCAUGUUAGUGCUUACAAGUAGAAUUUCAUACAGCAUAGUAUUCUCCUGACCAGGAUGCAUUGACCUCUAUUUUGUCUGUUUCGUGAUCCAGCCGGUAGAACAGCCAUAGCUUCUAUUACUGUCCCCAUUGUGUUAUUUAUAUUGCUUUUAUCUAUUUUGUGAGGAAAGUUACUCUGCAGCGUGUAUAGUAGUAUUUGGAAUGGGAUCACCCAAAUGGUAUGAAUGUGUGUAGGAAGACACAAGGAACAGUGGUUAUGGUGGUAACAAAGUGCUCUCAUCAACUAAUAGACCAUAAGGUCUGAGGGUAUGCGUUUGGCAUCCCAGUGGAUGGGAUGCCGGCGGUCAGCUGACCGACACCAGAAACCCAACACCACUCAGAAGACCGAUGCUGGGACACCAACAGCCUACGUCCCGAAGGUAAGUAUGUGGGGGCUUAAGGCCCAGAGGGGGUUAGGCACUAGGUGAGAUGAU